ACAGUGGUCAUAUGACAAGAAGUAAAAAAAAAAACACGGAAGUGCUUUGUUUUUGUUUUAUAGUCCGCUGUCAGAUGAAACAUUAAGCUGCAGAUAACAUCAAACAUCAAAUAUUUAUAUAAAUCAAAUGCAAAGAAGCAGAAGUCGACAAACAACCGUCGUUGUUUUUCAGUAGUUGUGAUCUUCAUCAUGGUGGAGCCCACAGCAUCUGGUGUGUUCUGCAGCAGGAUGCUGAGCAUGGUCAACUCUGAGGAUGUUAAUGCCAUCAUCCAGGCUCAGAGACACAUGCUUGACCGCUUUGAGAAAACUAACGAAAUGCUGAUCAACUUCAACGGGCUGUCUAACGUGCGACUGCAGCAAAUGAACGAGCGCUUCUUGCUCCACACCCGCACCCUUGUGGAGAUGAAGAAAGAUCUGGACAGUAUCUUCAGGAGAAUCAGGACACUUAAAGGGAAGAUUUCAAAACAGUACCCAGACGCCUUUAGCAAUGUCCACGAGUCACCUAUCCUCGAGGACGACGACGAUGACUUUGACCCAGUUCCUCCCAGUGUUGCCACAACAAUCACAACAGCCAACUCCGAGCAGAGCACAGAGUCAUGUGACACAAGUCCAGAUGUGAUCUCACCAACUGUGAGCAGAUGCUCUGAAGAUCUCUCUCAAGAGCCGCCUGACACGCCCACUUCUGACGUCCUAGAGACAGCUGUCCUACAGGACGAAGGGCCUGACUCGGUACCUGCAGAAUAGAGUGGACAGUUUGUCAGUGAUUUCACUCACUUGAAACCAAGCUUUAACCUUAAAACUAUUCUAGCAGGAGGUCAUAUUGUAUAUUUGAGCUUGUGUCAAUCUCUUUACGAUAUUUGCUAAAGUUUCCAUUUGUUUUGAUGCUUGAUGUUAGAGGAGGCUAUGAACUGUCCCUGAGGCUGCUGGAAAUAUGUUUGCUUCUCCUACAUCUGCACAGCACUAAAACCAGGCAGAUAAUGUUUGAAGCUACAUAGUAUCUCACUAUGAUUAUAUAUCUGUCUUACUGACUGCAAACCUGAGCAAAAACUCCUGUUACACUCCUGACUGAGGGAAGAAGUCUCACAUAAUGUCUCUUAUGAUGUCACUUAAAAGACAAAUUGUAGUAAGGGUGUGUCAUUAGCUGAUGUUAAUAUUUAAUACACCCCUCUUAAAUCUAGGGGUAUUAAUAAUUUCAGCACAGUUUUUACCUGAUACGUCUCACUCUUGCCAACAACUUGUGUCUGUGCUUCCCUCCUUUGUUGCAGGAGGCUAGAAUUUAGGUUAAUUGUAAGUUACCUGUGUCUCUGGAGCUGUCAGGAACUAUUUAAGGACUCAGUAAAUGUGGUUUUCGAUCUGGAAACCAGAUUAUGAGAGUAAAUAAUCCAACCAGUCAUGUUACUGCUCAUUAAAGAUGUGGAUUUGGUUGUCAAA